CGUCCGCGGCCGGGGAGGCGGAGGGGAGGAGGGCUGCGGGGCUGGGGCGUUAGCUGCGUCCCGGCUCGGAGCCCGCGAAGAGGACUAGGAGGAAGGCGCCGCCGUGGCCGCGGCCGCAGUGCUUCGGGGCGCGACGAGCCAUGAGCAGCCGCCCGGCGGGCGACCCCGCUGCCGCUGGCCGCCGCUGAGCCCAGCCGGGAGACGGCUUGCCGCUCCCCAGCACCGUUCGCAGCCGGCACCCUCGCGCCCAGAGGCUGAAUUUCCUGUGUGACUCAGAAGUCAGCUCCACAGGCGGAGUUCUAGAGAGAGGCUGAGUGAGAUGCUGCUCUGCGGGCUGGUGCACAUUUGGAUGGAUGCAGAAACAUGAUUCCGGUGACAGAGUUUCGGCAGUUCUCUGAGCAGCAGCCUGCCUUCCGGGUGCUGAAGCCAUGGUGGGAUGUGUUUACCGAUUACCUGUCCGUGGCCAUGCUGAUGAUCGGUGUGUUCGGAUGCACUUUGCAGGUCAUGCAAGACAAGAUAAUCUGCCUUCCGAAAAGAGUACAGCCUUCUCAGAACCACUCUUCUGUUUCAAAUGUCUCUCAAGCAGUGGCCAGUACCACCCCACUGCCUCCACCAAAACCAUCUCCUUCUAACCCAGUCACUGUGGAAAUGAAAGGGCUGAAGACAGAUUUGGACCUUCAGCAAUACAGCUUUAUUAACCAGAUGUGCUAUGAGCGAGCCCUCCACUGGUACGCCAAGUAUUUCCCAUACCUUGUCCUCAUUCAUACCCUGGUCUUCAUGCUCUGCAGCAACUUUUGGUUCAAGUUCCCUGGCUCCAGCUCCAAAAUAGAACAUUUCAUCUCAAUCCUGGGGAAGUGUUUUGACUCUCCCUGGACCACACGAGCCUUAUCUGAAGUGUCUGGGGAGGACUCAGAAGAGAAGGACAGCAGGAAGAACAACAUGAGCAGGUCCAACACCACCCAGUCUGGUCCAGAAGGCAGUCUGGUCAACUCUCAAUCUUUGAAGUCAAUUCCUGAGAAGUUUGUGGUUGACAAAUCCACUGCAGGGGCUCUGGAUAAGAAGGAGGGUGAGCAGGCAAAAGCUUUAUUUGAGAAGGUGAAGAAGUUCCGGCUGCACGUAGAAGAAGGUGAUAUACUGUAUGCCAUGUAUGUUCGUCAGACUGUACUUAAGGUUAUAAAAUUCCUAAUCAUCAUUGCAUAUAAUAGUGCCCUGGUUUCCAAAGUCCAAUUUACAGUGGACUGUAAUGUUGACAUUCAGGACAUGACUGGAUAUAAAAACUUUUCUUGCAAUCAUACCAUGGCACACUUGUUUUCAAAACUCUCCUUUUGCUACCUGUGCUUUGUAAGUAUCUACGGAUUGACGUGCCUUUAUACGUUAUACUGGCUGUUCUACCGUUCUCUGAAGGAGUACUCUUUUGAGUAUGUCCGGCAGGAGACUGGAAUUGAUGAUAUUCCAGAUGUGAAAAAUGACUUUGCUUUUAUGCUUCAUAUGAUUGAUCAGUAUGACCCUCUGUAUUCCAAGAGAUUCGCGGUGUUCCUAUCUGAAGUGAGUGAAAACAAAUUAAAGCAGCUGAACUUAAAUAAUGAGUGGACUCCAGAUAAACUGAGGCAGAAGCUGCAGACAAAUGCCCAUAACCGUUUGGAACUGCCUCUCAUCAUGCUCUCUGGCCUUCCAGACACUGUUUUUGAAAUCACAGAGUUGCAAUCCCUAAAACUUGAAAUCAUUAAGAACGUCAUGAUACCAGCCACUAUCGCGCAGCUAGACAAUCUCCAGGAGCUCUCUCUACACCAGUGCUCAGUCAAAAUCCACAGCGCGGCAUUGUCUUUCCUGAAGGAGAAUCUCAAGGUCUUGAGCGUCAAGUUUGAUGACAUGAGGGAGCUGCCCCCCUGGAUGUAUGGCCUCCGGAACCUGGAGGAGCUUUACCUGGUUGGCUCUCUAAGUCACGAUAUUUCCAGAAAUGUCACCCUUGAGUCUCUGCGGGAUCUCAAAAGCCUUAAAAUUCUCUCGAUCAAAAGCAACGUUUCCAAAAUCCCACAGGCAGUGGUUGAUGUUUCCAGCCAUCUCCAGAAGAUGUGCAUCCACAACGAUGGCACCAAGCUGGUGAUGCUCAACAACCUGAAGAAGAUGACCAACCUGACAGAGCUGGAGCUGGUCCACUGUGACCUGGAGCGCAUCCCUCACGCCGUAUUCAGCCUGCUCAGCCUCCAGGAACUGGACCUCAAGGAAAAUAAUCUGAAAUCCAUAGAAGAGAUCGUUAGCUUCCAGCACUUGAGAAAGUUGACCGUACUAAAACUGUGGCAUAACAGCAUCACCUACAUCCCAGAGCAUAUCAAGAAACUCACCAGCCUGGAGCGUCUGUCCUUCAGUCACAAUAAAAUCGAGGUGCUGCCUUCCCACCUCUUCCUAUGCAACAAAAUCCGUUACCUGGACUUGUCCUACAAUGACAUUCGAUUUAUCCCACCUGAGAUCGGAGUUCUACAAAGUUUACAGUAUUUUUCCAUCACUUGUAACAAAGUGGAGAGCCUUCCAGAUGAACUCUACUUCUGUAAGAAACUCAAAACUCUGAAGAUUGGGAAAAACAGCCUAUCAGUACUUUCCCCCAAAAUUGGAAAUUUGUUAUUUCUUUCCUAUUUAGAUGUUAAAGGCAAUCACUUUGAAAUCCUCCCUCCUGAACUGGGUGACUGUCGGGCUUUGAAGCGAGCUGGUUUAGUUGUAGAAGAUGCUCUGUUUGAAACCCUGCCUUCUGAUGUCCGGGAGCAAAUGAAAACAGAAUAACUUAUUUUGUUUAAAGUUUGACUAAAACAUGCUUCUACCAAAUACAGUAUAAAUAACUAGGUAGUCUUAAUGCCUUUCCUACUUUAUUAUUGUUUUUCUUCUUUUUCGCACAAAACAAAAUGUACACAAAGAAUGAGUAAGGAGUAUGUAUUUUUUAAUAAAAAUUUAAUUGUAUUUUUUCAAUAUUAGUAUUUUAAAGGUUUAUUUGUCCUGGAACCUAAUGUAUCUAUUAUUGUUUUCUACUGACAGAGACAGAUGGUUCCACCUGUUUUUGUUUGUUUUUUUGUUUGUUUGCUUGCUUGCUUGUUUGUUUUGGUUUUUGGUAAAUUCUUGUAAAAGGAAGGGAAUUUUAAGUUGCAUGUUUUUGGUAUUUUUUAAAUCGAUGAAGAUACUUUGCCAAGGUCAUUUUUUAGCUUGUUUACAUCUGUACAGGGUCUUUAUUUUUGUUUUCAUUGUAUGUGUACCAAGGAAUCUCUGCUAGUUAUUUUAAUACCAGCUGCCUUCUGCAUUGGUCAAGUAUUUCAUUGUACAGAAAACUUCUCUGGAGUAUAAGCUCACAUAAGUGCAUUGUCAUGGACUAUUAUUUUCAAAAUUUCCCCUUGCCUCCAGCAGAACUCUAAAUUGUUUUCUUUCACAUACCUGCCAGUUAUUUAUCAUUAGGCAAGGAUUUUGUGAGUAAGGACGAUAAUCUUCCAUGGUCAGGUUGGUUGGAUUGGUCAUUUAUAAUUUAACUGAUUUACAUUUUUACCAACAUUUUUUAAAUGUUGAAAAUAUUUUCCUUCAGUGAAAAAGGAAAUGCAGAAACUCCUCCCCUUUAAUAUCAAUGUUGUUAUGUAGUUCUGGUGAACAACCUUAGAAAAGCUAAUUUAUUUUAAUUAAAAUAGCUAAUUAAAUUUAAAAAUCAGAAUCAGAAGCCUGCUUUUUAGUAAUUUAAUCAUCUUUGAUAUCUUGAUAUGUGAAUACAUCCGAUGGAAAAAAAAGAAAAAGUGCUACUAAAGCACCCUGCUAAAGAGCUGGUGCACUCCAGCCAGGCACACAGGUUCCUCUGGGCAGUGUGGCAGUGGUGAUCUCUGUUCAAAUUCUGCCUGUAACACAAACUAAUCAAUGUAUACCUAUAUAUAUAUAUAUUAAUCAAUCUCUCUCAAGUCUGCCCUUGCUAUGAAUGCUAGUAAUGCAAGCACAGAAACUCUGUUCUCUUUGGCUUAGAAAAGUUUAUCUCAUCUAAAAUAAUUCUAUAUCUUUGUUUUUUUAAGUGUGAAAAAAUAGCUGAGUGAAUAUAACUUAGAAAUAAUUUUUGCCUGUUGGUCAGCAGAGCUUUUAUUUUACUCUAUACUAAAAAUCCAACAUAGUGUGAAAGUGAAAGUAGCUCAGUCGCGUCUGACUCUUUUGACCCCGUGGACUAUACAGUUCAUGGAAUUCUCCAGGCCAGAAUACUGGAGUGGGUAGCCAUUCCCUUUCCCAGAGGAUCUUCCCAACCCGUGAUCAAACCCAGGUCUCCCACAUUGCAGGUGGAUUCUUUACCAGCUCAGCCCCCAGGGAAGCCCAAAAUGUAUGGGUCUUGGGCAAAAGUUUUCACUGACUAUUAAACUGUAUAGAACAGGAAAAUGAAAACACUAUUUGUGCCCUCAAUCCAGGACCAGUGCUAUCUAUCGUGGGAAUUUUGUUUCAUUCUCCAACUUCAUACUCACUGUUUUCAGAACCCUAGUCUGAUCUAAGAUGGUUUUGUGACCUAACAAAAAAAACAAGUAGGAAGAUGGUUUGGGUUUCAAAAUGCUGGUUUUAAAAUUUACUCCUUGAUCCUGGUAAAUUUGCUUAAUGACACUUUGAGUCAUACACGGGACACAGCUCUACAAACUACUCAGCAGAUACGUGUACCUCAGUUGUGUUUUAAACAUUAUGAUACAACAUGGGGUAAAGGAUUUGGAGAAGAGAUGCUUUUCAUUUAUUUAAUAAUUUAAUCAUGUAGACCAAAGUGCUUUGCUGUUUCUGCUCUAUGUUUAAGUGUUAGAAUGGUGAUUUUGUAUAGCUGGUUUAUUUCCACCUGGAAUUGAAACAACAUGUUUAAAAUAGCAACAUGGUUUUACUUCUUUGAUAAAAUAUUCAAUUCUAGUAUGUUUUUAGGAUCUUGAUUAUGAACCAUGAGUUGUAUUUAGAGACAUAGCACUACCUGUUUUAAACAAACAAACAAACAAACCUGGAAGAUUGUCCAUCACUGAGCAUGACAAGAAUACCCCUGUUGAAAGGUGAGCUUUGAUAACUGCUGUUAAGACACUGGGUGCAUUAUUUUUCUGGAUAAAAUUUAUAGUUGUUUUCUAUAUCACCCUUAAAAAGGGAUCUAUUCAGGUUAAACAUCACAUUUAUGCUGAAAUCUUUAUCUGGUGUUAAUUUAUAAUCUCCCAUGGGUUCAUAACUGAAGUAAAUCACUAGUAAUUAGUCUUUGUGACAACUUGCUCAAAAUGUCAAAAUAAUUUUAUUUACUUCCUAAUGAUUUCACAGGUUGACCCUAACCUAAGUUCUAAAUAACAACCAGCUAAUCAGUAUAGUUCUGAGUUUAUGGUUUAACUAGGAAGGAAAAUUCAUAGAUGCUUGUUAGAUUUUAUAAAAAUUCAAAAUGUUCAAACUUCAUCUUGAGUCUUAAUUUUCCAACUUGAUCCUUUUAAAUAUUGUAUAUUUUUGUUCACAUUCUUAAGUAAAAAGCAUUUAAUUACUCUUUAGCUAUUAAAUGGGAAACUCAGGUAAAUGAACUGCUGACUUUUCUAAAGUUCUUUAAUGAAUCAAACUCAGUGUUAAAAGGGGUAUUUACCUAAUCCUUUUCAUAUUUUUACAAGUGCUCUUGCUAAAAAGGAACAACUAGCUCUAUUUCUCCAACUUCUAUAAGAUUCAUGAGAAACUGCUUAUGUAAAUAUAAAAGCAUCAUAUGUACUCAAGUCCUGUGGCUACUGGACACCCUUGGUGAGUAUGCUUUUUGGUCAGUUUUAGUAGUUAAGUAUAGAUCCGUUGUUGGUGGAUGGUCCUGUUGAAACAGCAUCUAAGUAUAUAUCCUGGUGGAACUCACCUAAAAAGACCACACCUCAGAAAGCUAGUCAUUUGUUGGGUUUUCACUCACUUUGUUUUGUUUUAAGUACGAUGGUUUUUAACAUAAAUGUUCUUGAUUCAGUGAAACCUGUUAUUUACACUGGUAAGUUUUCUGAUUGUUCACCCACCUUUCCCCUGCCUUAGGUUUCCCAUGUAGUUAAUGCAGUGAGUUCUAACAAUUUCCAUACCACCCCAAGGGCAGGCACUACUUUUUCUGAAAGGCUUGGAAAAUAAGCCUGCUGUGAGUAUUCUGUUCAUUUAUAGGUUCCUCCUUCUCUGCCUCUGAAGCCAUCUUUACAGAGAGAGGCUUAGCAACCUGAAGUAUUCCGUGAGUUACUGGGGAUAAACAAAGUUCACGUUUUUGCAACAUACUAUCUUAUGAUUUCUGUUAUAAGAAAGGGAAGAAAAAAAUAUUUACAUUUGUUGUUACCACCCCCCCUAAGAGUUUUGCUGUGGUUUAUGUUCCUAAUUCUAAGUAAAGUUCAUUUUUUAAGUAGUAUUUUACUCUAUAAUGUAGUGUAGUGUUAGUCACUCAGCCGUGUCUGACUCUUUGCCACUCCAUGGACUGUAGCCCUCCAGGCUCCUCUGUCCAUGGGAUUUCAUAGCAAAUACCUGAUUGGUAGUAGUGAUUUAUUUAUUAUAUAUACUUAAACAGUGAUCCAUCUUUAUGGAAACUGCAGUAUUUAGUAGUAAAGAGAUAAGAUAAACUUCAAGACAACUUAAAUUUGUGUUUAGAAAUUAAAUUGAUUCAGUUUGCAUUCUCCUAUGAAUCUUGAAUGUGAUAAUGCUAUUCAAGCAGUUCACAUUUUUGGUAGGAUCUCAAUAACUCAGGGUAGGUAGGGUUCCAUAGCAAAAUAGCACAGUUAUUAGCGAGGGGAAUGCCUCAAGGGUCUGUAAGAUUUUCUCUUUUUUUUUUUUUACUGUCUACUCAGACACAUUGUAAGAAAACUUGGACAGUCUCAGACCUGCCAUUGAUUUUUCAGAUUUAGGCCUCAGUGACAUGCUUCUAAUACAAUUUCAUACCAGUCUUUCAAACUAGCUAUCCACUCUUACUCCAUCUUCCCAGAGACUUUCACUGAUAAAGGUAACAUGCUUAAAUUCAUUUUGGGGAGAUGGGGAGGAGAGAAGCUCUCCUCCCACGCUAAGGAAUUUUCUUUUUUUUUUAAUUAGAAGACCUUAAAAAGGGGUAUAUAA